CACAGCUCGACAAACGCGCCUACUAACCACUAGCAACCACACCAACCCGUCGCCCACCAUGGACGCCCCGAAGCGCAUCACCCGGAGCCGGGCAAAGGCCGACUCGGAUAAACCUGCCACUAAAAUUGUCACGGCCGCCGCCGCUGCGAAAAAGACCGCUCCCGCCGCAUCGAUCAGCAGGAAGCGGCUUCGGUCUGACGAUGCCGACGACGACGACGGCGACGACGAGCUCGGUGGCGUUGAGUCCGCACAGAAUACGGUGAAGCUGAGGACAGCCGCCCGGGCUGUCCGAGGGAGGCCAAAGAAGGCGGAGGCGGCGGACCAGACAAAGGCCGCAGAGCCAGCACCUGCUCCCAAACCAAGAGGCCGUCCGGCAAAGAAGAUAGCCACGGCAAAAGAGGAGCCGUUGACAGCACCCCCCGUGCGUGCAACCAGGACAACAAGAGCAAAGAAGACAGAGCCACCCACCGAACCAGAGGAGGCUACCACGGCACUGAAACCAGCUACCAGAGCCCGCGCUACCAUCGCCUCCACGGCAGCCAAGGCGACGGUCAAGAAAUCGGUCAAGUUCGAAGAGCCCGAGAAAGAGAAUCUUGCUCCCACAGCUCCCAAGGCCAAGAGGGUCAAGGCCACACCAGCUCCAGCCCCUGCCGCAGUCGUUACAGAGCCCGCCACCGCCGGCCUCCGCGCCCGGCCAUUGCGCAGGGCGGCCGCUGCUGCUCCGUCAGCUCCUGCCCGUGCCACUCGGGGCGGUGCCAAGCCAACGGCCGCCCCCGCCGCCCAGAAGGAGGAGAGGCCGCUGACCCCGCUUGGCCCCAAGAGGAUCACGCAGCUGGCCCGCGCCAAGAGCGCGGAUCGCGGCGAUGAGUCCGACGACGAGCUGGCUGGGGACGACGAAGCUUCUCAGAGGCCACUCAUGAAGAGCCCCGUCAGGCCCGCCCCGACUGUUCGUGCUGAACUGGAGCCCCCGGUCCUGGCACCCACCGCCGACGGUGAGGAGAAGCCCACACUCAACCCCCCAGAUCUCACCAUCACCGCCGCCACCAACCUGCUGAGCAGCCCCGCCCGUCGGCCAGCCGCAUCACCUUGCAAGGAUACUAUCAAGUCUCCAGCCCGCAGGGGUGUCGGAGCGCCCUUGUUGGCCCUGCCCAAAGACGAGAGCGCUGCCGCGCAGGAUGCCAAAUCACCACUCAAAACCUCUCUGCUUUUCUCGCCGGCCAAACGGCCAAAGUCUCCCAUGAAAACAAUGCAGGCCGUGCCUUCGCUCGGCGACGUCUCUCGUUCCCCGAUGAAGGCCUCCCUGCUCAACUCACCUGCCAAGCGACUCUUCGCGCCCGCAAAGCCCAAACGCCCAGCUGAGGCCAAGAUAGUGGAGGAAAAUGACCAAGAGGAGAAAGAGAAUGAGGAGGAGCGGUUGGCCGAGGUGGACUUCCAAUCACCUGCUACAGAGCCGGUGCUCUUGACUGCCCCUGUCGGCCUUGACGCCGAGUUCCAACCAGCAGCGGUCCACGUCCUGGAAUCACCGACCAGGCAACAUUUCCCUGGCCGCCUUUCUGCUGUGCUUCCUCGCCACGCCGACCCUGCGCUGAAGGGCACCGUGAUGGGCGUCGUGGCAAGGGUGAAUGCGGAGCAAGCCGCGUCGCAUGAAGAAGUGGAGGUCACCCAGGAGCAAGUGUGCGAGGAGACUGAGCCCUUGGAGACCGAGCCCCUUGAGAUGGGAGAGCCGAUGGAGGUGGAUGAGCCAACUGUCCAGGUGGCCUCGGAGGAGAAUGCAUCCACUAGGCCAGCAUUCGGUCUGAGGCAGAAGGAUCUCGAUCCUUACGCCGGUGCCGAUUCCGAGUCCGAAGAUGAGCUUGGAACUCCAGCUGCUACCGCAUCAAGGCGGGCCCGAGCGGUUGAGACACCUUCUCGUUCAACUCGUUCAACUCGUCAUGCGGGCCGCGGACUGAGCCUUGGGGUUCAGUCCUCCAGCAAGAGUGUCACCAAGAAAAUGCCUGGAUCUAGUGGUCUCGGCUUCACCCCUCUGGCGGAGAAGCUCAAUGGCUGGAGAGCCUCGAGCCCUCUCAAGAUUGGGCUGCAGCCAGAGUCGCCCGCUCUGGUUGGUGCUGUUGCUAUCGAGACGCGGGAGGAGGCGUCCAUCUGUGUAGAGCAGACCCUCGCCGGUGGCGCCCAGGAUUCACCUGGAAAGCCGACUUUCUUCGACGACGAAAUGUCGGUUCGUGCUGCCUUACAAGUCGACGAGUCGGUCGUCAUCACCCAGGUUGAGGUUGAACAACCGUUGGAUAUGGAGGUUGAUGAGCCCGAGCUCGAUGACAUGCCCAUCACCCAAGAGGACUUCGAGCUCGCUGCCGAGGCCAACGAGAUGUCUCUUCUGGAGCGCACGCAGCUGGAAGAGAAGCUUUAUGCCGACGCUGGCAUGGACGACUCUAUAUCGGACGCGAGCCAAGAGUAUGGGGAUGAGAAUCAGACCCCGAUCGACCCGGCCCUCAUGAUGCAGGACCAGCAGCAGAACGGCAACGCCUCGCCUGGAGUCCCGCCCGUGACGCCACAGCGCUUUGUCACACGCACCUUCCACACCGUGUCCAAGAUCCCACUCAAGCCGGCGGAUGAGUCAACACCACGCUCUGCCUUGUCUGAGGCCAAGAAGAACCGCAGGCACAGCGUUGCCAAACUGCCGACCGCCACCACGCCGACCAGGCCGCGUCCUACCAAGGGCCUGACCAGGAACGCUACUGUUAUCUCGUACUCGCCCACCAAGGCGGACUGCCAGGCCGAGGAAGAAGAUGAGGUGGAGCAAACGCCCCAGACGACCUCGGCUCCUGUCACUCCCGUCAGGUCCGAGUUCAGCUGGUCAACGACGGGCACGCCCGCCCGCACCCCCAGGCGUGAUGUCAACCCGGCCCUUUUGCGGGGCGCCGUCGUCUUUGUCGACGUGCGCACAAGCGAGGGAGCCGAUUCGAGCGAGAUCUUUGUGGAGCUGCUCACGCAGAUGGGUGCUGUAUGCCUCAGGUCGUGGGAUUGGAUCCCGGACGAGGCCGACUCGGCUUCCAAGAUCGGCAUCACCCACGUCGUCUUCAAGGAUGGUAGCAACCAGACGCUCCAGAAGGUCCGCGAGAGCGGUGGUGUUGUGCAGUGCGUGGGCGUCAGCUGGGUUCUUGACUGCGAGCGUGAGAACGAGUGGCUGGAAGAGGCACCCUACUGCAUCGACACGUCGCUAACCCCCCGUGGUGGCGGCGGCCGUCGGCGCAAGACUAUGGAUCCCAACGCCUUCUCCAACAUCAACGGCAGCCGCAGCCGCGACGCGCGGUCGGCUCCCACCACGCCGACCAACCGCCGCGACAGCUCCCUGUGGGUCCGCACACCGGUGGACAACGAGCUGCGCGUCUACGGCGAGGGGGACGACGGCGACGAGUCGGAGUGGCAGCUGACGCCCGUGCCCAAGACGCCGGCCCCCGAGGCUGUGGCUCGGUACGCCGCCGCCAUCUCGCCCGACGGCAUGUCGUCCACGUGCGGGAGCGAUCCGUCGACGCCGCUGUCGAUGGGCGCCGGCGGCAUGACCCGCGAGGAGCUCCUGAUGCGGACGUGCCCGCCCCCAAAGCAGGCGGGCAACAACGUGAUGUUGGGGGCUGGCCUGUUGACGAACAACAAGGACGAGGGCGUGCUCCAGCGGCUCAUGGCUGCCAGGCGCAAGAGCCUGCAGUUUGCGCCCAGGGUCGGGAGCCCGUUGGCUAAGGCGUGGCAUUGAGGGCGCUUGGGGGAUGUUACAUGUCUGUAUUCUUGUCGAUUCUUUGCCUCAAUCCCUUUUCGCCAAGGGGUUGCUGGCCUCGUUUUACCCUUAGCCACAACACUAGGCUAGGAGGCUUUUGGGCUCUAGGCCUCUUUCUUCUUUUCAUUAUUUGGGGGACUCGGGUUC